UUGGUGCAUUUUAUUCAGUUUCCAUGGUGAAAAUGAUAAUAAAAAAAAAAACCUGCUACGAGUUCUUAUCCGGGUAUCAUGGUUUUGAUUUUGAACUGAAAGUAAUCGGUACUUGGUUGGCAUGAAGAUUUGGGUGAUCCCUGGACAACAUUGUUAUGAUUACUAUACAAAACAAUAAUAAAAAGCAAAACAAAAUAAUGAAUUAAAAGACGAUCUCUAUGAUUCCUCAAGAAAAUUUUGAAGUUGAGUCCAAAAAGGUGUGUUCGGAUUUACGUCAUUAUUUUAUCAAGGUUGCAAUAAGGAAGAUGUUUUUAAACUCUUUUGCGAUUACGUUUGAUAGAAUCAUAAUUUAUUUUAGUGGAUAACUAAGGAGAGUAUAAUGAGGGCGAAUUACAGCAUUCCAUUUAUACAAACUUAAAAAAAAGACAGUAUCUAGAGUGAAUGAAUAUAUAGGAGGCUAAUAACAAUAACAUCUAUAUCAAUAAUGAUACUAAUGAUGUUCACGACGACUAUGAUGUUAAUGAUAAUUCUUAUAAUAAAUAUAAAAGAAAAUGUGAGGGGUGGUGGCAGUAGUGGGCUUAUUUUAAUGUGAUGAUUAUAAUAACAAUAUCAGGCCUCUAAUGAUUUUUUUUACAUGUAUCUAUAUCAUAUCCUGUAAAAUCCUAUAAUCAUAGAGGCUUACUUCCCUAAAUAUUUUCAUGACCAAUCUGUGAUCUUUUCAUCGAAAUAAUUGUACUUAUUCUUGAUGGUGUAAUUCUCAUUACACAACAAGUGCACAAAUGAAUCAAGUCUGUGCAUGUAUUUAUUGUGUGUUUUUUGUCGGACAUGUAAUAACGGUUAUGAGAUGUAAAAGAUGCAUACUAAUCAAUUCGUUGAUCUUUUCUUAUUGGAAUUAGCGAGUCAUUGGUUAUAAAAUAUUAUACAAUGGCUUAUAUACGCAACAAAUAACAGGUAUGUUGAAAUAUAUUGGCAGAUGAAAGUCAUAAUGAUUAUUCAUAUUCUCUCUGGCAUGAAAACAACGUGAUGUCAUAAUGAGUCGAACUCAUUUCGUAAAGCUAAUGCAUAUUCAUGCACCGUGAGUAUUUGUCAACAUAUGAAUAAUGAAUGCACACCCGAGUUCGCCUGUUUACCCCAUUAUCUCUUGUUUACACGCCCAUGCGCAGUCCGUCUGGGCGAAAAGGUUAUCGCACACAGAGCGGUCCCAAAAUAGCAUCCAAGCGGGUUACGUCAUUUUAGUUCAGCGAAUGAGAAUUCGUUCUGAGGAUAUAUUCUCCUUCUGCUGGGCAGCGUCUAUUUUCUCACUCGUUCCCUGUCCUCCCCACGUAGCGUACGUUUCUCCUGUAUUGUGUAUAUAUUCUUCGCUAUUAUAUUUUGGGGAUUCACUAUUUUGCUGUACAUAUAACGUCUGAAAUAGCCGGGGAAUAUCUAUAUUUUUUAUACAUUGAAACAGAGGAACGAGUUCUGUCAUCGUUGAUCGAUAAAUUUGUAUUAUCGAACGUCAUUUUGUGGAUAUAUUGUCACCUUGUCCUGGAUAUAUUUCAAAAGGAUUGGUAUUAGUUUGUUCUACCACCGUAUUGGAAUAUCUUGUUUUGUGUUUAUUACUGGAGUAUUCUGUCCAUGUCUCCAGACGCAACGCCAACUUCAGCAGCUAGUAUCAAGAAAUGCCCAUUUUCUUUCCCUGCAACCAACAGUGAGGAGAACACCAGUUUACCCGAUUGUAGUGACUCCAAUUCGGAACUGUCUACAUCACUAAACCCUUACUGGCAGUGCCACACACACAACGUAAAAUCGGAUCAGUGCAAUAUGGCGGCCUCCCCAUUCACAUUCGCGCUCUCAGGCAAAUCAUCACUCUGCACCAGUGCACUCAAAUCAACGUCGAGCAGCGGGAGUCGGACUCCGGAGCUGAAUUCAAACAUUAGAGUGGCCAACCGAUGUUUGCUGAACCGUGCUUGCGAGCAGUUGCAGCAGUGCUCACCGAGACUUCUGCGAAAGUUUGGAAAAUCAGAUUGUCCUCAGAACCAGAACAGCCAAGAUGUCACCCCAAUGAACUGUUCUCAUUCUCCUCCCUCUAGCACUACCUCACCCAUCGUGCUCCCACAAGAACUCAGUCAGCGCCUGGAUAACCAUUUAUUGCUGUCAAAAUGCAGCCAAUCCCGUAUUUGCCGUCCUCGAUCUAGCUCUGUCAUCCUUGUAGACCUUCGGCCAUUUCUAGCAUUUAGCAGGAGGCACAUCUCAGGGGCUCUCAACGUCAACUGUACCACUCGAUUCUCAUGUAGAAGACUUCGUGAAGGCAAGGUAGCGCUUGCGGACCUGGUCACCUCGGAGGAAGGCAAGAAGGAAUUUCAGAGGAGAUUGGACCAAGAUAAAGAGGUUGUGGUCUACGAUGAGGAGUCCCAAGGAAUUGAUAACCUACCAGUCAACCAUCCAACUUCCCUUGUCGUUAGUGCUCUGAAAAAGGAAGGCGUUAAAGUCAGACUUCUAAAAGGUGGGAUUAAAGAAUUUGCGAACCACGGCGGGGACCUCUUUGUCAGCGAACUUUCGAACACCUCAUCAUCGUCAUCCUCAUCUACCUCAUCGACUGUGAUCCAUGAUGGCGAAGACCCUCCCAGCCCAACUACCGAUAGCGAGCACAUCCUCCGCGGCGGCUCCGGCAUCUGCCCCUCCGAAGGCAUCCCCAUGACCCAGAUUUUGCCUCAUCUCUACGUCGGCAACGAAGUUGACGCUGCGAACCUCGACUUGCUUCGGCUGCACGGCAUCAGCCACGUUCUCAAUGUCACCAACUCAGUGCCUUGUUUCCACGAAGGCGAGAGCGCCAUGCGAUACAUGAGGAUACCAGUACGCGACAACGGACUUAUCAACCUCCGCGUCCACUUUCAAGCCGCUUUGGAAUUUAUCGAAGAGGCUCGACGUCGCAACGCCCGUGUUCUCGUUCACUGCCACGCUGGAAUCUCCCGGUCUUCCACCGUGGUCAUCGCUUACGUAAUGAAACACAUGAACCAGCCAAUGACCCAAGCUUAUCAAUUCGUCAAGAGCAAGCGACCUAUCAUCGCUCCCAAUCUUGGAUUCGUCGGUCAGCUUAUGGAAUUUGAACAGUUCUUGAGCAAGGUGAACACUCCGCGUUCAGCCGGUUGCCGGCUCACCGACUCGCCUGUGACUUGCGCCAAGCAAUUACACCACAGCAGACCGAGUACUCCUAGUAUGGACUUAGAUACAGCCGUUAUGGAGGCAUAGGAUCAAAUCUAAACCAGACUUUCGCGUGAACAUUUUGUUAUUGUGUCUGGCUCGAUGAGAGUGGGCCAAUGUCACUGAUGAUAUGAAGACUACAGACAGUCAAAUAUCAGAACUAUUGAUUCUUGCCGAAUAUCACUAUCACCACCAAAUGACUUCCUCGUGUUACCUUCUAAUAAUGACCCUUUCAGAAUGCACACUAGAUUAAUUGUAGACAAGUCAACUUCCAUUUUCACUCUGUUAUAUCUUUCUCUCUUUAAUAUCUUUUAAAGGUAAGAUUCUAAUAAGUGCAGGAUACUGAAAAUGUUCAGGUACGUGUAACGUAAGCAAAUAAAGCAAUAUCAAUAGAUUUCCUCAGUCCAAACAAUUUUCUAGAAGUGGCUUUAGGAUUACGACUAAACUAAAUCGGCUUCCAUUUUCUCAUAAAAUUGACUAAAAUGCGCUGGGCGCUAUUUUGUCACUAAUGUUUAAGAAGUACUACAUGCGUUUUAUUUACUGGUAAUAUAUUUAUUCAUGACCUGACUGACAUCACAUUAAAGAUACAUGUAAUAACUACAAUUUUUUGAUAAUUUUCUAAUUUGGUAAAGUAAACUAUGGUAUCACUUUUUUUUCAAAUCUUCAUUAAAGAUUACCUUCACUUUUCUUUUAUAACUAUAAAUGUGCAAUCUGGUAAGAUAGACUAUGAUAUUCAACAAAAUGAUAUGGAUUUUUUUACAAAACAAAUUUCGACGUAGCUGUUAAAAGGUUUCUUUGAAUGUGCUUGUAGUUUAUUAGGAAAUUGAUGUCUUCGCGAGAAUUUGUGCUUGAGUUUGCUCUUUUUAAAGUAAAUUCAGUCACCUAAUACGUGAGGAAAUCGGUAUACAGCUUACUAACUGAAAUUUCGCAUUGAUUUUCAAUGAAAAGGUGAUUGGUAAUAUUUUCUUUUUGGUGCUCUCAUUAUUUUUCGUGGUGUUCAGAAAAUUGGUGUAAGUGCAGCAUGGGGUCUUUAAUGCUUAUUUUAUUUCUCUUCGGUUUUUGUUUUUUUCCUGGAAUAGUGUUGUGCCGUUUUGUGUGACAUACAUGUAUGUUUUAAUCAAUAUUCUACCGUUCAUAAACAUGAUAAAGUCCUCAUCUUUCUAGCGUUAAAACACUUUCAAUUCGUUUGCCAUGCUCGAUUGAUCAGUGGUUACUUACCUCCCCCUUUUCACUUUUUUUCUACUACGGUUUGGAAUACUAAAACUCAUAAUGGCAAUAAUGAUUGAUCCAUAUUACGAUCCAUAAUUUUGGCACGGUAAUUUUCGUGGGUCGUAAUGAUAUCAUUCCCAGAUUAAUAGAUUUGGUAUGUUGCUGUAAAAUAUUUCGAUGUGAUUUGAAUUUUCAGUGAUCUUUGAUUUAAUUUUAAAAAUGUAUGAGUCCCUGGAAUAUUUGAGAAUCAUGCUCCAUAUAUAAAUUUGAUUUUCUGGUAAAUUUUCCCUAUUAGGUUGUGUAGUUUUAUAUUCAACCUCGGGGAAAACGUUAUUCUUGCCGCUUUUCACGUAUUUCACACUUUGAAUCUGUAUACACGUUUUAAAAGAUGGAAUUAAAAUGAAAAAUACAUUAA